UACUCUCAAAAUUUUCUUAGAAGAAAUAAAGACAGGCGCAAAGACGCUCAACAGCAGAGGCUGAGACCGGAAAAUCCUCUGUGAUUGAUUGAGAGAAACCUGGACGAUAUAUCGGUUUCAAAUGGCGGUUCAAGCUCGGCAUCGUAAUCUGUUUCCGACGCAGAUUCUUAGCAACAGAGAGUUUGCAACGAAUGGUGGUGUUGAAGGAAAUGGAAACGUGUUUGGCGUUCCGAUUGGGUAUGGAGUGGUGGCUCCUUUGUCCGGAACGACGACGGCGACGGAAAUUGCGGUUCCGAUGUACGGUACGGCGACUACCGGUGGUUUUCCGGUGAAAACUGCUGUGAAGUCUGAAAGCGGUCUAACGUAUGUUCCGGUUCCAAGGAAGCGGUCGAGAGAAGAAGCGAGCGAUUCUAUGGUUUCCUCAUUCCCGAGCGCUGUCCAGAAUCAGAUUGCGACAAAUCGAUGCGGUUCAUUUACUUUCCUUGGAGAAGAUAUCUCGUUUCAAAUUCAACAGCAGCAAUUGGAAAUCGAUCGGUUCAUCGCUCAACACACUGACAAAGUGAGAAUGGAAAUCGAAGACCGGCGAAAGAAAUACUCUCGGAGAAUUGCCGCGGCGGUUGAAGAAAACAUACUGAAAAAGCUGAAAGCCAAAGAGGAAGAUCUCGAAAAAUUAGGCAAACUAAACUGCGCGCUCGAGGAAAAAGUGAAAUCUCUCUGCGUCGAGAAUCAAAUAUGGAGAGACAUGGCGCAAACAAACGAAGCCAACGCAAAUGCUCUGAGAUGCAACCUGGAACAAGUCCUCGCACAAAUCCAAGACGACCACAACCACCACCAGCGCCGCCGCACCGACGCGGCGGAGUUAGCCGACGACGCACAGUCCAGCUGCGGCAGCAACUUCGAGGAAACCGACCGGCGCAGAUUCGCCGAGAUCACCUCAACAGAUGCAGCGUUCCAACGCAACUAUUCCACCAGCAUCAACGCCGGAUGCAUUGCUCCAACCAACAUGAAUCGGAUGUGCAGAAGCUGCGAUAGAGAGGAGUCAUGCGUAUUACUCUUGCCUUGCAGGCACCUCUGCCUCUGUACUUCCUGCGGGUCAGCUCUCCACACUUGCCCUGUCUGUCACUCUACCAAAACCGCCAGCGUUCACGUUAAUCUCUCCCCCUGAAUUUUCAUUAAUUAUUUAUUUAUUUAAUUUUUCAGAAAAAAAAAGUUGCUAAAAAUUAAAUUUGAAACAGAGUAGGCUGUAGACUGUAGUCCGUCCGUACAAUAUAUAUAUAUCUUCUGUAACCUUCUUAAUUUUUCUUCUACUAACCAAACUGUUCAUUUCAUUUCUAUUUCCAUAUCGACGAAUUAAUCCA